GCUACGCUUCCUCCCUACCCGUUAUCUCUUUCGUCUCCUGGUCUGGUGUGCCACAAAACGAUCUGUGGUUCUGAUGGCCAGCUUCCGCGCUCCUCCACGUAAAGGCGAGAAUUUCGAGCUUGCUGCCGACCUUAAUAGUGAAUACAAGGAUAAACGCAAGGAUGCAAUCAAGCGGGUCAUUGCGAACAUGACCGUUCAGAAGGAUGUCAGCGGUCUAUUUCCUGACGUCCUCAAGAACAUGCAGACAGACGACCUCGAGCAGAAGAAGCUCGUGUAUCUCUACUUAAUGAACUACGCUAAGACCCAGCCGGAGCUUGUCAUACUUGCUGUGAACACCUUCGUCAAGGAUACUGAUGAUCCCAACCCACUCGUACGCGCUUUGGCGAUCCGGACUAUGGGCUGCCUGCGGGCGGAGAAGAUUAUCGACUACCUAUGCGACCCCCUGCAGAAAUGCCUACGAGACGAGAAUCCUUACGUGCGCAAAACCGCAGCUCUCUGCGUCGCCAAGCUCUAUGACCUGAAACCGGAGCUGGUCAUUGAGAACGGCUUCUUGGAGACGCUGAGGGAGAUGAUUGCGGACAGUAAUCCCAUGGUUGUUGCGAACACCGUCGCUGCGCUCACAGAUAUUCAUAACUGUGCAGUCGCCGCCGGCUCGAACGAAGACAUCUUCGUGAUUACGAGUCAUGUUCUCAGUAAGCUGCUCAUUGCUUUGAACGAAUGCUCGGAGUGGGGACGGGUCGCAAUAUUGAGCGCUCUGGCACGCUAUGAAACCGAAAGUGACCAGGAGAGCGAGCAUAUAUGCGAGCGAGUGGUUCCUCAAUUCCAGCAUGCGAAUGCGGGCGUGGUGCUUGCUGCGGUGAAGGUGAUCAUGAUUCACAUGCGAAAUGUGCAGUCGGAAAACUUGACGAAGCAGCUCGUCCGCAAGAUGGCUCCGCCUCUAGUUACCCUGCUCUCAAACCCACCAGAGGUGCAAUGGGUAGCGCUUCGUAACAUCAACCUUCUGCUCCAGAAACGAUCAGACAUUCUUUCGAACGAGAUGCGCGUCUUCUUCUGCAAAUACAAUGAUCCACUGUAUGUCAAGGUGGAAAAACUCGACAUCAUGGUUCGGCUGGCGGGUGAGAGCAACGUUGACGCCCUUCUUAGCGAGUUGAAGGAGUAUGCGUCCGAAGUGGACGUCGACUUCGUCCGACGAAGUAUCAAAGCCAUCGGCCAGACGGCCAUAAAAAUCGAUGAGGCAGCUGAGCGGUGCGUCAAUGUGCUGCUGGAGCUCAUUGGCACACGUGUCAGCUAUGUUGUCCAGGAAGCUGUCGUCGUGAUGAAGGAUAUCUUCCGGAAAUAUCCCUCUACUUACGAAGGUGUCAUCCCCACGCUAUGCGCUAACCUCGACGAACUGGAUGAGCCGGAAGCCAAAGCUUCACUGAUAUGGAUCAUCGGCGAGUACGCGAAUAAGAUCGAUAAUGCCGACGAGUUGCUCGGCAUUUUCGUGGAAUCGUUCACAGAAGAGUCUUAUCCUGUCCAGCUGCAAACCCUAACGGCGGUCGUCAAACUGUUCUUGCGAAAGCCUGACACUUCGCAAGGGCUUGUGCAGCGUAUCCUGAACACCGCGACCAAGGACUGCGACUCCCCCGAUGUGCGAGAUCGGGCAUACAUUUACUGGCGAUUGCUGUCAACAGACCCAGGUGCUGCGAAGAACGUUGUUCUUGCGCAUCGACCGCCAAUAUCGCUACCUCGCAUGACAGUGUCACCUGCGCUUCUCGAGGAGCUAUUAGGCGAAAUAUCUUCAUUAGCCAGUGUGUACCACAAGCCAGAAGAAACUUUCGUUGGGCGAGGACGCAUCGGCGCUGACGCGAUAUCAAAGGGUGCUGGGGACCUCAACGACGAGAAACAGGUCACUCAGAAGGCGCUGCAGACGGUUGUUGCCGGCCAACAGUCCGAAAACCUACUUAACUUCGACGACCCAACAACAGAAGAACAGCCGUCAGGGAUCGCCGCGACGGCUGCACUCGCGGCCACGCCCGCCGCCGCAAACCUGCUCGCUGGCACAUCGAGCAACCCACUCGAUGACCUCGUGUCUAUAUUCGGCAACGUCAGCCUAACGAGCGCUACUGCGCCGGCACCACAGCAGAAUGUCAUGGGCGGCAUGGGCGGCCUGUCCUUUGGCGCGACCCCCCUGGCACCGUCGCCAGCGCCCCCGCAGACACCGUCGGUGCUCCAAUCCACAUCACCCCCGGCACAGCCGCAGCAAGCGCAGGAUGACCUGCUUGGCCUUUUCUAGGUUUUAUAGAGUUCGCUUUCAUCCGUUUCUGCAUCGCGUUGACUGCUGGAGCUGUAGUAUUAUUGGUAUUCAGUGCGCAAGGAGAUAUCAUAAAGAUGGACCGUACGCGUGCUUUGCUGGUCAAGCGCGAACUGGCGCAUUCGCCAACUCUUCUCAUCGUAC